GGUCUGGUUUGCUUCGGUCUGGUGUGCUUGUAUCCUGGUCUGGUUCUGCUCCUGGUUCUGUCGCCAUGCCGACCUCCCGGCCCGGUUCGGAGCAGGUGGAAUUCUGGGUAGACGGUUCGCGGCGAGAUGCAACGGUGGAGGAUUUCUACACCAUGAGCACUGAACUGGGCAGAGGAGCGACGUCCAUUGUGUUUCGCUGUGAGGAAAAACUGACCCAGAAGCCGUUCGCCGCCAAAGUCCUCAAGAAAACGAUCGAUAAGAAGAUCGUGCGGACGGAGAUCGGCGUCCUGCUGCGUCUGUCCCACCCCAACAUCAUCCGACUGAAGGAGAUUUUCGAGACGGAGACGGACAUCGCUCUGGUGCUGGAGCUGGUGACAGGAGGAGAGCUGUUCGACAGGAUUGUGGAGCGAGGCUACUACAGCGAGAGAGACGCCGCCCACGUCAUCAAACAGAUCCUGGAGGCCGUGGCGUAUCUGCAUGAAAACGGAGUGGUGCACCGUGACCUCAAACCAGAGAACCUGCUGUACGCCGACCUGUCGCUGGACGCUCCGCUGAAAAUAGCCGACUUUGGCCUGUCCAAAAUUAUUGAUGACCAGGUCACCAUGAAGACUGUGUGCGGCACCCCGGGAUACUGCGCUCCAGAGAUCCUGCGGGGAAACGCCUACGGCCCGGAGGUGGACAUGUGGUCUGUGGGCGUCAUCCUCUACAUCCUGCUGUGUGGCUUCGAGCCGUUCUUCGACCCGCGGGGCGAUCAGUACAUGUACAGCCGCAUCCUCAACUGCGACUACGAGUUCGUGUCUCCGUGGUGGGACGAGGUCUCCCUCAACGCCAAGGACCUGGUCAGCAAGCUGAUCGUCCAGGACCCUCACAAGCGGCUGAGCGUGCAGGAGGCGCUGCAGCACCCCUGGGUGCUGGGCAAAGCCGCCCGCUUCUCCCACAUGGACACCACGCAGAGGAAACUGCAGGAGUUCAACGCUCGCCGCAAACUCAAGGCUGCCAUGAAGGCGGUCGUUGCCACCAGCCGGAUGCAUGAGGGUUCUCGGCGUCGCACCGACAGCUGUGAGAUGCCUGGCUCAGGAGCGUCCCGGCAGGGCAGCAUGCAGCAGGACCCGCCCCCGGAGCCCACAGGCCCCACCCCCGCCGCCAAGGAGGACACACCCCCGGACCGCCGGGAUGAAUCGGAGCGCACGGACCGAUGUGCGCUAAGCCCCACCCCUCCACGCAGCCCCAAACCACCCAGCUGCGACGCCGCGCCCGUAGGCCCCGCCCUCACCAGACCGCCGCUCAAAGCGGACGGGCUGCGGCAGGCGUCCGUCAUCCCAAAACUGAUGCCGGGCCAGCCCAGACUGCCGCAGAAGAGCUGCUCAUCAGUAGAGCCCGCCCCCAGGGGCGGGGUCUCCCCCGUGCUGGCCACGCCCCCCAGUCCCAAGAGUAUCAGCAACGGCUUCCCGUUGGGGGCGGAGCCUGACAGUAAGACCACCCACUGCCAGUGAUGGAACCAUAAAUCCAAACAGAGCCGCAGACUUCCUGUUCCAAGCAGACGACGGCGAUUUGAACCAAAACGAGCAGAAGAGCCGGUGCUCCUGCUCCCGGACGGGUCACCACUUCUGCUACUGAGUGAGUCAUCCUGUCAACAUCAAAGAUCUUUGGUGACUGCCCACACUGGUUUACAUGGAGGAGCUUUCAGGAGAUCAGAGAUCUAUGACGGCGAAUUGUAAAAAUAUA